GUGCGUGUACGGAAGGCGGUGGGCGGGUCCGGCCCUCAGCGGCGGAGGGCGCCAUGGUGGGUGGUGAGGCGGCAGCAGCUGUGGAGGAGCUGGUUUCGGGUGUGCGGCAGGCGACCGACUUCGCUGAGCAGUUCCGCUCCUACUCGGAGAGCGAGAAGCAAUGGAAGGCCCGCAUGGAAUUCAUCCUGCGCCACCUGCCCGACUACCGCGACCCGCCAGACGGCGGCGGCCGCCUGGACCAGCUGCUAUCCCUCUCCAUGGUCUGGGCCAACCACCUCUUCCUGGGUUGCAGUUACAACAAAGACCUUUUAGACAAGGUGAUGGAAAUGGCUGAUGGGAUUGAAGUGGAAGACCUGCCACAAUUUACUACCAGAAGUGAAUUAAUGAAAAAGUGUCAGCCUCCAGAGAAGAGUCCUCAGAAAUGAACUUUGGCAUCCCUGAAACGAGCUCUGCCAUCAGACUGAUGAUUGGCACCUAGCUACCUGGAAGAAGCCUACAGGGAGCCUGUAUUUCUAUAGCACUUUUUGAUUAUAUAUGUUUGAACUUCCUUCAAAUAAAACUUAUGUUUUCUUAGUAACCAAGUUUUAGACUGUUGAUGUCACUGAAAAUGAAGCUAAGUUGAUCCUGAAAAGUGAGAUACUUAGAGGAUGUGUAGAGUUUUGCCAGUUGGUAAGAGUCUUUUAGAUAAGCCUGUGCUGAGAACAAGUCAUCUGAUCUGUGUGCCAUGACAGAAUUGUGUUGUGUUGAAGGCUGUCCCUUCUCUGUUGAAGGCUACCCUGAGAGCCCACUGGAAAGAGCGCCCUGGGAGCUUUGCAGCAGUUUUUUUUUGUCUUCUUGCCUGAGGUUUUUGCAUGUAAUAGAUAGAGGCUGGCAAACAUUAAGCAACAUUGCCAGCCCAGAAACAAAAAACAAAAACAAAAAUCUUUGAUGUUGAGCCAUGCACCUGAAAAGGUCAGUUAUAGUUCUUUGAUCCCUAGCUCUAAAAUUAUUUCAGUUGGGUUUUGAAGCUAGCUAGCAAGUGGAAAUGAAUCGCCUGGCAUUAUUGGUAUCCCGAGACUGAAUAGUGAAGAUAACUUAGGGACAUAAGUUCUUUAAAGUAAGAUUUUAAAAAUACUUCAUGGUUAUUCUGCAGUUUUAAGGGUUGUACACCUCUGUGGUCUGUUCAACUCUUUAUUUUUGGCGGGGAAAGGGGGAUGUGGAAUCUGAGAAAAGAAAUGAGCAUUGGUCUCUGACAGGUGGUAUUUGUCAGAUAUUUGCAGUGUAUGAUUUAUUUUUGAAAAAGGGGGAUUCAGACACAAAUAUAUUGAACAGUCUCAGUUAUCUAACAGCCCUCCCUAGGUACUUACUAGCAGACUUCGUGAUUGACCAACCGGCUUUACCCAUUAAUGAGCAAUAAUUAACAAAGAGCAGCCGCUCACUCAGGAAUGAUGUUAUUACUAAGACUGUCAGAGUUUAUAUUUCCAAGGCAUUGUCUUAAGGAGAAAGAGGAGUGAUUGACUAAGAAGCUAUCAUUAUUGGCUCAAAAAAUCUGUCCACUUAAUUACUCCAUUUUUCCUAAGAACAUUUUUUUUUUUUUUUAAUUUUAUAGCUACUUUAUUUAUUUAUUUAUUUAUUUCUUUUUGGCUGUGUUGGGUCUUCAGUUCUUGCGAGGGCUUUCUCUAGUUACGGCAAGUGGGGGCCACUCUUCAUCGCGGUGCACGGACCGCUCUUCAUCGCGGUGCGCGGGCCUCUCACUAUCGCGGCCCCUCCCGUUGCGGGGCACAGGCUCCAGACGCGCAGGCUCAGUAGUUGUGGCUCACGGGCCCAGCUGCUCCGUGGCAUGUGGGAUCUUCCCAGACCAGGGCUCGAACCCGUGUCCCCUGCAUUAGCAGGCAGAUUCUCAACCACUGUGCCACCAGGGAAGCCCAGAACAUUUUUUUUUUAUAAAUUUACUUUUAUUUAUUUUUGGCUGCGUUGAGUCUUCGUUGCUGCGCGCGGGCUUUCUCUAGUUGCGGCGAGCAGGGGCUACUCUUCAUUGUGGCACGCGGGCUUCUAAUUGCGGUGGCUUGUCUUGUUGCAGAGCACAGGCUUUAGGCGCGCAGGCUUCAGUAGUUGUGGCACACGGGCUCUAGACUGCAGGCUUAGUCGUUGUGGCACAUGGGCUUAG